AUGCAAAAAGAUACAUUCUUCACGAUAUUCAUAAAAACGGAACUGGAGGAACCGGUGAAAACGGCGCUAUGCGAUCUUUGGCUAAACUUAGAACAGGCACCAACUGUAUCGCAGCGCACGGAGGACACUUACACGUCCUCCACACCUGCGACUACAACAACAGCACAUGUAGGUGCUACCUCACCAAGAUCCUCCGGGGCCGUUUCGGAAAAUGGUUGGCUCGCAAAUGCUCUAGCACACGAAACUUGUCAAUCCAAAGAUGGCGUGCUUUCGCAAUUUAUACGUCAUCACACGGUCAAUCCUUAAAAUUAACAACUCAGGGGGAAAUGGACCACUAGACAAGGUCUGAAUUUGAGCAAUCUGAUACAUGUUUCUUGACCAGAAUUUCACGCAGAAUACGAUUCACACAACGAAAAUUAC